AUGACCAUCAACAAGGCGCAGGGCCAGACGCUCGAGCGCGAGCGACCCGAACACAGCCCGCCGCACCCCGCCGAGUUUGAUCGUCACAAAACAGAUUCCUGCCGGAUUGCUCUUGUGUCGCGUCAAACUUCGCCGCCUCAAGAAAAACCAAGCCCGCAUCGAAUUCUUUUCCCUGUUUUUGCUGACAUUUCGCCGUCAUAA